CCGGCUGAGGCGGCCGCUCAGAAGGCGCGGGGAGGCGGGGCAGGAAGAGGAGGGCGGCGCCCCGCCCGGCUGCGGGCAGGCAGGCAGGCAGGCAGGCAGGCAGGCAGGGCGGCCCCUCCUGGCCCCGGCGGAUGCCCUUGCGGCGAGGUCCCUGCGCGGCGGGCGGAGAAGCGGCGCCUCCAGAGCGCCAGUCCCGAGCGGAUCGCUCCCCUCCGGGCCGGCGGCAGGUCCCGCGGGGAGGGGGCGCCCGGAGAGGGCCCCGGGGCCGCGCCCGCCAGCAGAGUCUUUAAUGGGCUGAGCCCGGAAGCCAAGAGCAGUCAUGGGGCAGAGCGGAUCAGAGCCACAGGCGGAGCAAGAGGAUUCCGUCUCAGCUGUGCUGCCCAGCCUCAAGCUCUUUGUGGAGGAUCAGCUCCAGACCAGCAUGGUGCUGGGGGUGAUGAUAGGCGUCGGGCUGUCAGUUGCUGCCUUGAUCCUGCUGUUGAUCCGCCGGUUCCACCUUCAGAAAGUUCAGGCCCAGGAGCAGCCCAAGUAUCGGUUUCGCAAACGGGACAAAAUGCUGUUCUAUGGGCGUAAGAUUAUGCGCAAGGUUUCUCAGUCCACGUCCUCCCUGGUAGAUACCACCAUCUCUUCUGCUUCUCGGCCCCGUAUGAAGAAGAAGCUCAAGAUGCUAAAUAUUGCCAAAAAAAUCCUGCGCAUCAAGAAGGAGCUCCCCACCCUCCAGCAGAAGGAGCCCCCCCCCUCCGUCCUGGAGGCGGAUCUGACGGAGUUCGAUGUGGCCAACUCUCACCUCCCCUCUGAGGUGCUCUACAUGCUGAAGAACGUGCGGGUGCUGGGUCACUUUGAGAAGCCCUUAUUCCUGGAGCUGUGCAAGCACAUGACCUUCCAGCAGUGCCAGCAGGGGGAGUAUGUCUUCCGCCCGGGACAGCCUGACACCAGCAUCUACGUGGUCCAGGAUGGCAAACUGGAGCUCUUCCUGUCUGAACAGGAUGGGAAAGAGACCCUCGUGAAGGAGGUGUUCCCAGGGGACAGCGUGCACAGUCUCCUCAGCAUCCUGGACGUGAUCACGGGUCACCAGCGGCCGUAUCGCACUGUGUCUGCACGGGCCGCUGAGGAUUCCACAGUGCUGCGCCUGCCCGUGGAGGCUUUCUCAGCCGUCUUUGAGAAGUACCCCGAAAGUCUUGUCCGUGUGGUACAGAUCAUCAUGGUGCGCCUGCAGAGAGUCACUUUCUUGGCUUUGCACAACUACCUCGGCCUGACCAAUGAGCUUUUCAGCCACGAGAUGCAGCCACUGCGGCUUUUCCCCCAGCCGGGCCACACCUCCCGCACGAGCCCCGUCCGGCACACCAAGCGUGUCAUCAGCACCUCCUCUGUCGAGGAGGCCAAAGAGAGUGCUGGGAAGCAGGCAGACGGGGCCUACAAGGACCAAGGUGACCCUUCGAAGCCUGGUUUACUGGAGCCGCCUUCUGUCCCCCUGUUGAGCCGUUGCAUCUCUAUGCCGGUUGACAUUUCAGGGAUCCAGAGAGGCCCUCGAUCUGACUUUGACAUGGCCUACGAGCGCGGGCGAAUCUCCGUUUCCCUCCAGGAAGACAGCAGUGCCUCCUUAGCUGGCUUUGCCCGAUCAGUCUCCCACGAGCCCCGGGAACGGAAAACCGUGACGGUGGAGGAGCAGCCCUCUGGGAUCUACCACUACAAUUACUGCGAGGAUGACUCGGCCGGUGGCGACUGCCUCUUUGGACCAUACCAGGGCCGCCAGACGAGCGCCAUCUUUGAGGCUGCCAAGCGGGAGCUGGUCAAACUGAUGAAAAUCGAGGACUCCUCGUUGCUGAAUAAUCGAGUUUUGCUGCAUCAUGCCAAGGCUGGGACGGUGAUUGCCCGCCAAGGGGAUCAGGAUGUCAGCCUGCACUUUGUGCUGUGGGGGUGCCUGCACGUGUACCAGAGGAUGAUUGACAAGGCUGAAGACGUGUGCCUCUUCCUGACUCAGCCUGGGGAGAUGGUGGGCCAGCUGGCUGUGCUCACUGGAGAGCCCCUGAUCUUCACCAUCAAGGCCAACCGCGACUGCACUUUCCUCAAGAUCUCCAAGUCUGACUUCUACGAGAUUAUGCGUGAGCAACCCAGCGUGGUACUGAGUGUCGCCCACACAGUCGCAGCCCGCAUGUCUCCCUUUGUGCGCCAGAUGGACUUCGCUAUCGACUGGAUGGCUGUGGAAGCCGGACGGGCCCUUUACAGGCAAGGUGACAAGUCAGACUGCACCUACAUUGUCCUCAAUGGGCGCCUGCGCUCCGUGAUCCAGAAAGGCAGCGGCAAAAAGGAGCUGGUCGGGGAAUAUGGGCGUGGGGACCUCAUUGGAGUGGUGGAAGCCCUGACCCGCCAAGCCCGAGCCACCACGGUCCAUGCCGUGCGGGACACAGAGUUGGCCAAGCUCCCUGAAGGGACCCUCAACAACAUCAAACGGCGUUAUCCUCAGGUUGUGACCCGCCUGAUCCAUAUACUGAGCCAGAAGAUCCUGGGGAAUUUGCAGCAGCUGCGUGGCCCUUUCCGAGGCUCUGGUCUGAGUGUGGCCUCCAGCUCGGAGCUGACCAACCCCGCCAGCAACCUGUCCACCGUGGCUGUCCUCCCAGUGUGUGAUGAUGUGCCCAUGGCAGCCUUCACCUUGGAGCUCAAACAUGCCUUGAAUGCCAUUGGCCCGACCCUUCUGCUCACCAGUGACAUCAUCCGAGCUCGGCUUGGGGCCUCCGCCCUGGACAGCAUCCAUGAGUAUCGACUCUCUGGUUGGUUGGCCCAGCAAGAAGACAUCCAUCGCAUUGUGCUGUACCAGACUGACUGCACCCUGACGCCCUGGACAGUGCGCUGCAUCCGCCAGGCUGACUGCAUUCUCAUCGUGGGCCUGGGGGACCACGAACCUAUGCUGGGGGAGCUGGAACAGAUGCUGGAGAACACGGCAGUGCGCGCCCUGAAGCAACUCAUCCUUCUGCAUCGUGAAGAUGGGCCCAGCCCUGCCCGCACCGUGGAAUGGCUCAACAUGCGCAGCUGGUGCUCAGGGCAUCUGCACAUCAGAUGUCCACGUAGAGUGUUUUCCCGGCGCAGCCCGAAUAAGCUGAGAGAAAUGUACGAAAAGGUUUUUGAGAAAAAUGCCGAUCGCCACAGCGACUUCUCCCGUCUUGCACGAGUCCUUACAGGCAACACCAUUGCUUUGGUGCUGGGUGGCGGUGGGGCCAGGGGCUGUUCUCACGUUGGGGUGAUCAAGGCCAUGGAGGAAGCCGGCCUCCCCAUUGACCUGAUUGGCGGGACCUCCAUCGGCUCUUUCAUUGGCGCCCUGUAUGCCGAAGAGAGGAGUGCGGUGCGCACAAAGCAGCGAGCCAGAGAAUGGGCCAAAAGCAUGAACUCUGUGUUUGCAACAGUGCUGGACCUCACCUACCCCAUCACCUCCAUGUUCUCUGGCUCUGCCUUCAACGCCAGCAUUCACAAGGUGUUCCAGGACAAGCAGAUUGAGGAUCUGUGGCUCCCCUACUUCAAUGUGACAACAGACAUCACCGCCUCUGCCAUGAGGGUCCACAAGGAUGGCAGCGUGUGGCGCUUCGUCCGGGCCAGUGCAUCUUACACCCCCUAUUUGCCUCCUAUCUGCGACCCAAAGGACAGUCACUUGCUUGUGGAUGGCUGCUAUGUUAACAAUGUCCCAGGCUCGCUCUGGCGGUACGUGCGAGCUAGCAUGACCCUUUCCGGGUACCUACCGCCACUCUGCGACCCCAAGGACGGCAAUUUGCUGAUGGACGGCGGCUACAUCAACAACCUCCCAGCUGACAUUGCGCGCAACAUGGGUGCCAAGACGGUCGUUGCCAUUGAUGUGGGCAGCCAGGAUGAGACCGACCUCUGCAACUACGGGGACAGCCUGUCUGGCUGGUGGUUGCUCUGGAAACGCCUCAACCCUUGGGCACAGAAGGUCAAGGUGCCAGACAUGGCAGAGAUCCAGUCUCGCCUGGCCUACGUUUCGUGCGUGCGGCAGCUGGAGGUGGUGAAGAGCAGUUCAUACUGUGAAUACAUUCGUCCUCCCAUCGAUCGCUUCAAAACCAUGGAUUUUGGCAAGUUCGAUGAGAUCUAUGAUGUGGGUUACCAACAUGGAAAAGUGGUGUUUGGUGGCUGGUGUCGUGGGGAUAUCAUUGAGAAAAUGGUGAAAGAUUGGCAUUCUGCAGACUUCUAUGAGAGCAAGCGCAUGGAUGUGCUGACGUGUCCCAGUGCAGGAUUCACAGACCUGGCUGAGAUCGUGUCUCGCAUUGAGCCUGCCAAGAGCUACGUGUCAGAUGGCUAUGCAGAUGCAGGGGAGGAAUCGGAUUACCUGACUGAGUACGAGGAGGACGGAAUCGAGGCCACGCAGGAGGAGGAAGGGCAGGAGCUGCUCUUUGCUCCGGCCGAGCAGAAUGCCGCCUUUGAAACGGAUGAGGAGAAGAGCCUUCGACACCGCCGAGAGGCCUCCCAAGAGCCUUCUGGUCCUCUAGGCCCUGCUACACUUUGAGGAAUGUGUUUACGGAGCCAGAGAAAUGGACAGACUGUGUCCAAACCUCGUCCUCCCCAUAGAGGCCACCACAUUGGUGGUGCGGAAGCAAGGAGUCCUGCAUGUCUCACACUUGGUCCUCUGCUUCUCUCCGGCUGAGUAGGACAUUCUCAGGACUCUACUACGCUCUUUUAGCUCCAGCUGCAGCUCCUGGCAUGUGCUGCAGAGUGCCGCAAAGGGAACAGGGUGCCACACGCCCACAGCAGUGCCCAGGAGGCCCCGUGGAAAAGGCUGCGGAGAGACUCUGGGGCCAUCAGGCUUUCGGAGCUGGAGCUCCUUCUCUAGGACUGGCCGGCAGCUGCAUGACAUGCCCUGUUGGGGGGAGGGAGGGGGGAGGCUGGGAAUUCCCCACUGAGGACACGGAGCUUCCUUCUACCAAGCCAGACCCUUGGCCCAUCAAGGUCCGUGUUGUUCACGCUGGCGGGCGCCGGCGCUCUCUACAGGGUCUCAGGAAGGAGUCUUUCACAUCACCAACCACGUUUCAGGGGAGACUCUGCCUGGGAUUGAGCCUGGGACCACCUGCACGUUAAGAAGACGCCCCUACCCCUGGUGUGCUGGGACACGUCGGGAUCUUGUCCGCUCCCAUUCAGGAAGCUGCUGUCAGUUUCAGCCAGACAGGUUUGGGCGCUCUGGCUAGCCGGGAUGGGGCCUUAACCCAUUGCACGAGCCAAAGCAAAGGGAAUAACAAAAGGCUUUCCCACCCCAGCCGUUAGCAGUGUAAACGCCGCUUCUCAAUACAGUGUUGGAAAACA